GGCACAGCACGUGGCAUGAGGCUUUAUGAUGAAGAUGAUGAUGAUGAUGAACGAGCACAAAGCCUCCCCUCUUCCUCCUCACAUCAGUGCCUCACCAUGUCUCCACAUGUGCACACAUUCUGGUUACUCUUCAUCUGGUUUCCAUGUCAGGCGAGCGCUGCUACAUUUAAACAAUCUCCUGCUCAGGUAGUGAAGGAGAGCACUGAGGUCCAGAUUAAAUGCAGCCAUGAUGAUUCUUCCCUUGCCAUAAUGCUCUGGUAUCAGCAGAGAAAAGACAGUCUCUCUAUGACCCUCAUUGGGUAUGGAUAUGCAACCGGCCAAACCUACGAGGGUCAGUUUGAAAAAGAGUUUGAGCUGACGAGAGAAGGCACGCUGAGCGGAGCUCUGAUUAUACGCUCAGCAAACCUGUCAGACUCGGCUGUGUAUUUCUGCGCUGCCAAGGCAGCAGUCAACACUCAACCUGCUUACUUUGGACAAGGAACCAGACUCACAGUUUUAGAACCAGACCAUGCUGUCACUAAACCGACAGUCAAAGUGUUCCCUCCGUCAACAAAGGAGUGCAUGAACCAGAAAGACCAUAAGAGGAGGAAGACCCUGGUGUGUGUGGCCAGCGGAUUCUACCCGGACCACGUCAGUGUGUCCUGGCAGGUGCAGGGGGGGGCCGAAAGCAGCGGGGUGGCCACCGACAGCAGCGCCCUGCGGGAAGACAAGACCUACAGGAUCAGCAGCAGGCUGAGGGUCUCGGCCUCAGACUGGUUCACACCGGGCAGGAAGUUCACCUGCAGGGUCAGCUUCUUCAACGGGACACAAACCAACCACUAUGAAGACACGGUGGUUGGGGUCGAAGGUAAAGAAGGAGUCAUGACAAGAGAGAAAUACUUGAAGACGACCCAGGCGGCCAAACUGUCGUACGUUGUGUUCAUCGUGAAGAGCAGCAUCUACGGCGCCGGCGUGGCCUUCCUGCUGUGGAGGCUGCAGAGUUCAGCCGGAAAGCAGAGCCACUGAUCCGACCGCUCCGUGUCUGCGUCUGUAAAAAGGAUCUGUGGAGCCUAAUGUGGUUAUAUUCACAAAGCUCUGUAUGUCACAGCAUAUUUGCAUUUUUAUAUAUAACCAAGCAAAUUAAAUUCUGCUUCCAUUAGACCAACAUUAUUCUUAUGACGAUAUUAAAGCUAGCAUGGCAAUAGGAAAACCUUUUAUGUCUCUGGUUGUUAUGUACUUGAUGCUUAAUUCCUUUCAAAUAAAAGUAUGUCAACUA